ACCGAGUAAAACAACCUCAUAAGUACUGGUUACAACGAACAAGAAGAUCUCAUCGUCGCAUUCCAUCGCCGACGUACCCUCCCGAGCCCCACCUCUCUCCCGAGUCGAACACCUACGAGAGUAUUUCCCUCCUCAUCGCACUCUAGAGAAACCCCAUUCCAUACACCAACCUCUCCUCUCUCCGCGGCGGAUACCGAUCCGGAUCUCCGCCCCCACCCCCCGUAACCUGGCCGGAAUCUUCGGAUCCGCCGCCGCCUCCUCCUCCCUCAUCCGGCGAUGGAUCGCCGGAGCUCGUUCCCCAGAGGUUUCGUCCUCCAUUUGGAUCGAUUCAUCUCUUUUACUCCCUCUUCUCGCUCCCGAUCUCUUAGAUCGGUCAAUGUCGUGUAGAUCGCGAGCCACAUUGGCGAAUCUGAGAGAGGUGUGUAGCGUAGUGGAGAUCUUUGUGCCAUGGCGACGAGGAACCGGACUCCGUUGUAUCGGAAGUAUCGGGACGCCCUCCGGAGCGUUCGGGUGCCGUCGGCAUCGUCUUCUUCGCGUCGGGGGCCUUCUACGUCGGCUUCGGGCGGUGGUGCGGCGGUGGAGAUGGUGAGCACCUCGCUUCUCCAUCCGAAUCGGUCGUAUACUCCUCUCAGCACGGAAGAUCCUGGUAAUUCGAGUAAAGGUCCGCUUACCAUUGGUCUACCUCCAGCUUGGGUAGAUGUAUCGGAAGAAAUAUCUGUAAAUAUACAAAAUGCACGAAAAAAAUUGGUAGAGUUAGUAAAGGUUCAUGAAAAGGCUUUAAUGCCUUCUUUUGGAGAUGGAAAAAAGGAGCAACGUGCAAUCGAGAUGCUUACUCGGGAAAUAACAGAUCUACUAAAGAAGUCUGAGAAAAGAUUAAUGAAGCUCUCUUCCACUGUGUCAUGUGAAGAUUCAAAUGUUCGGAAAAAUGUUCAGCGUUCACUUGCAACUGAUCUUCAAAACCUGUCAAUGGAGUUCCGUAAGAAGCAGUCUACUUAUUUAAAACGGCUGCAGCAGCAAAAAGAGGGCCAGGAUGGUGUAGACUUGGAGAUAAAGAUAAAUGGAGCUCGAUCUACUUCUGAAGACGAUGACUUUGCUGAUGGGGGUUUUGAUGAUCAUCAGUUGUCUCAAUUGAAAAAAAGUGAGGUGUUUACAAAAGAAAGAGAGAAAGAGAUCACACAGAUUGUCGAAUCGGUGAAUGAGCUUGCUCAGAUUAUGAAGGAUCUAUCUGUCCUUGUAAUAGACCAGGGAACUAUCAUCGAUCGGAUAGAUUAUAAUAUACAGAAUGUUGCUGCCACGGUCGAAGAGGGGUAUAAGCAGUUACAGAAGGCGGAGAGGACACAGAAGAAAGGAGGGAUGGUUACGUGUGCUACGGUACUAGUCAUAAUGUGUUUUGUCAUGCUGGUCCUGCUAAUCCUCAAGGAGAUAUUAUUUUGAUUCACUCCAAAAGUAAUGGAAAUCGCUAUUAAGAGUCAUGCAUCUGAUCAUUCUUUCCAGGCAAACUUAUACAGUAGGAUUUAUUUAAAUACCAUUUUUCUCCCCUUAUUUAGUGAAUCCCUUUUGUAACCAUUCAUGUACAAGGAAAGAUUUUGGCUCUUCAAGAUGUUUUGCGUGCGUGUUAUGUAUUCUUUGCACGUGUAUCGAUUGGGUUCACCAAUUUUGUAUCUUUUCAUUAAUAUUUUUUGCUCUUUUCAACGGUCGUUUUAUAUGUGCUUUGAUCCGGAUUUCUCUCCUUUGUCACCCUUCAGCCUUUCUUUCGUGAAGUUUUGUUACAUAUAGUAAACAAACUUUGGUGCUUGAUGGAGGUUCUAUAUGAGUAAUCAGUUGCCAUCAACAGUGGCAUGAA